GAGAUGUAUCCAAAUAAUAUGGUCUAUUACUUAAUAAUAGACCUGUUUAUUGUUGGGCCACUGCUGGGCUGGUUUUUCAGUUUUCUUAUUGUUGGUGUUUUUUAACCGAAGUAGCGAAUUUUACAGAUUUAAAAUUUCUUUCUCAUUGUUAUCUACACAAACAAAAGGUUGUAAAUUUUCUCCUUUAAUUAUUUCCAAUCUAUUCUAGUAAACGUUUAUAAAAUAUGUAAAAUAAAGUUAGAAGCCGGUAGUUAAAAGGUGUUUUUUAGCAAUUCUUGUGAUAUUUAUGAUGGAUGCUGAGUUUACGGGCUGUAGUUUACGGAUUUCUGUACAGUGGUGGGGAAAAAGUGGAUCGGUCACAUGGCGUCUGAUCUAAGCAAUUGUAGUAAGAGCAAAAACAAUUUCAAGCUUUAUGAGAAAACGUAGUUGAUAUGCAUUCGUGUAUUCAGUGAAAUAACCAUGUUAUACUUAUUUUCUGAAAAUAGGCUAAUAUCUCACUGGCAGUAAGAGGGUAAAUUUCAAUCGAAAUCAAGGAAUUCCCGUGGCGUGUUAAACUAACAUAUUACUUUUGGUCAGCACAAAAAUGUCAAAAUAUAUUUAGCGUUAUUAUUCCAUUUCUGGAGAGUGGGUUGCUUCAGAUUCAAUUAGGGCGGGCACUAUGUUCAGGUUUAUCAUAAACACUUUAAAUGAAUGUUGGUUUUUAUGUAGCAAUAUUAAAAGGAACUUAAUUGUGGCACUGCGGCAAUAGUCGGUACUUACUGCAGGUAAGAGGUGGUCUUAUGGCGCAUUUAUUUAUAAUUACCAAGACAGUUUGUUGAGUCACGUUUUAGUUCAUAUGCAAUAAAUCUCUAAAAGGUUUGUUAAUUAUUAUAGUGGGUUAGCUAUAAGCCAAAUAUGGCUUUUUUCGGUAUUUACUUAUUAUCUUUAUUGUUUAUUUUAUUGCACACAUGGAAACGCGAAACCGGAAAAGGCGCCGUCCGUCGGUCAAACUACACCAGCAUCCCAGCCAAAACCUACCUGGCACCAGCCAACAACCCCGUCAGCUGCCUUCUACCCAAAUGCCCAAUCAGCUGCCUCCCAACCAACAGCCUGUCCAGCUGCCUCCCAACCAACAGCCUGUCCAGCUGCCUCUCACCCCCAGCCAUCGACUCGGCCAAUGGUCUUCAAACCAACAGUCCGGCCAUCAACCCGACCAGCUGCCUCUCAGUCAACAACUGGGCGACCAGAUGCAGCCUGCAGCAAGCCCGCCAGAUCCGGCUGUUCAAUCGGCUGCAGAAUCCACUCGAUACCUUCUAUAACCAUUGCCAUGCACGACGGCAAAUGGGUGACGGUGGACGUUCGUCGCCUAUGGGUUUUCAAAGAGUUAGAACGGCUCGGAAAAUGCGAUCGUGGAGACAUUGAGGUCGGGUACAGCAUCCCAUCUGCAAAACUGACAACGAGAAAUGGUGGUGUCAAAAUUGACGUCCGUGGCUCACCUGGCGGAACAUGGUACACUAUCCCAGGAUCCGGGAUCAGCAGUCAUUACCGGGUAGUUUCGGGAAACUCGCGGUAUGCAGUGUUUGAUGACUGGGACUUUGAUUUUGAUUUUGAUCGAUUCACGCUAAAUGACGAAUUUGAUUUGUUUUUAAUAUUUUGCUUUUGUCUUCAACUAUGACCAACUCAUGUGUACAUGUGAACGUGCAUUUAGAUUUUACGAGUACAAAUUUUGAUUUCGCGAAUAUUUUUUUUGUCGUUUUAAGUAGGUAAUAUUGAGGAUUUUGGGAAAUGAGAAUAUAAAACAAUGUGUGUUAAUACAACAUGAUUGUUAUAUAUACAUCUAACAGGCAUGUAGAUAAAAUUAUGCAAACUUAAGACACUUUCAGUUUGAUUUAUGUUUAUAAUGCAGUAAACAAUAAUCAUCAAAUCACAAACAUAAAAAGGGUACACAUUGGCAGAUAAAUGUUAUUCGGUAGGAUUAAGUGGUUGAAACGAACUGUUAGUUAUCGUUAUUCAAACAAGUUAGAUAUUUAUUUGAUAAAAAUCAAUAACUUUGUGUAUUAAUUUAUGAUCAGAGAAUAAAAAAAUAAGGAAACACUUC